AUGGAGGAUUACGCGAGCAGCGACGAGGAUUACCAUUACGACGACUCCGAUCAAGAUGACUCCGUCGAGGCCUACGAAAACGACGAGGAUUACGCGUUGCUCUCUUCCAAGGGUCCCACUACUAAGGUGAUUACAAAGGAAUCACUGCUGAUUGCACAGAAAGAGGAUUUGCGCAGAGUGAUGGAGAUGCUAUCGGUAAGAGAACAACAUGCUCGUACCCUACUAAUUUAUCAUCGUUGGGAUGUGGAGAAGUUGUUUGCAGUCUAUGUAGACAAGGGAAAAGCAUUUCUCUUUGGUGAAGCUGGUGUUAGUGUGGAUGAACAUCGUGACUCAGACUCAUCAGCUCCUUCUACAGUAAUGUGCUACAUCUGCAUGGAGGAUGUUCCUACGGUCGAAACAACAAAAAUGGACUGUGGCCAUUGCUUUUGCAACUCCUGUUGGAUUGAGCAUUUUAUUGUCAAGAUAAAUGAGGGUCAAAGCAAACGCAUUAGAUGCAUGGAACACAAGUGCAAUUCCAUAUGUGACGAAGCUGUUGUAAGAACUCUACUCAGUAGAAAUCACCCUGAUAUGGCAGAGAAAUACGAACGCAUACUGCUUGAAUCUUACAUUGAAGACAAUAAAAGAGUUAAAUGGUGUCCAAGUACACCACAUUGUGGGAAUGCAAUUCGUGUUGAGGAUGAUGAAUUGUGUGAGGUAGAAUGUUCAUGUGGUUUACAGUUUUGUUUUAGGUGCUUGUCAGAAGCACACUCACCUUGUUCAUGCCUGAUGUGGGAGCUUUGGGCUAAGAAGUGUCGAGAUGAAUCAGAAACUGUUAAUUGGAUAACUGUUCAUACAAAACCAUGCCCAAAGUGUCACAAACCGGUGGAGAAGAAUGGUGGUUGUAACUUGGUUAGCUGUAUCUGUGGUCAAGCAUUUUGUUGGUUAUGCGGUGGAGCUACUGGUCGAGAGCAUACUUGGUCAAGUAUAGCUGGUCAUAGCUGCGGUCGCUAUAAAGAACAAGAAAAAACAGCUGAGCGAGCAAAGAGGGAUCUAUAUCGAUAUAUGCACUAUCAUAACCGAUAUAAAGCUCACACAGACUCCUUUAAGAUUGAAAGCAAACUGAAAGAAACUAUACAAGGGAAGAUUGCCAUUUCAGAAGAAAAAGAUUCUACACUCAGGGAUUAUAGCUGGGUAAAUAAUGGGCUUUCCAGACUUUUCAGAUCUAGGAGAGUCCUAUCCUAUUCGUAUGCAUUUGCAUUUUAUAUGUUUGGAGAUGAGCUUUUUAAGGAAGAAAUGACAGAAGCUCAAAGGGAAAUAAAACAGAACUUAUUUGAGGAUCAACAGCAGCAGCUUGAGGCAAAUGUUGAAAAGCUCUCUAAAAUUUUGGAGGAGCCUUUUGAAACCUUUUCAGAUGAAAAGGUUGUGGAGAUAAGGAUGCAGAUUCUUAACCUCUCAACAAUUAUUGAUAAGCUUUGUCAAAAAAUGUAUGAGUGCAUCGAGAAUGAUUUAUUGGGUUCUCUACAUCUUGGCAUUCAUAGUAUUGCUCCAUACAAGUCAAAGGGCAUCGAGAGGGCUUCAGAACUUUCAGUUUGCUGGAACAACAAAGUCAAUACUGGUGGAACAGCAGAACUUGAUCGACCUUCUGGAUCAGGGAGUUCAGAUGAGAAUGGAUGCUCUUCUCGUAAACGUGCAAGAAAAGAUGGUCUUGGUGGUGGUUUUUUUGAUCUAAACUUGCCAGCAGAGUUUGUAGACAGAAAUUGA